UAAAUACUAAAAAAUAACAAAUCAAUUAAAUUAGACUUUGUUCAAAUUGCAAUACUUUUGAAUAACAAAUUGCAUUAACUUGUCUGCUAUCUUCUUCUUCUUCAAGAGCUAAUGGCUAAAGGAAAUUUCUUUCGCAGUUUUUUAUGAAAAGAAAUAUAUCUAUAUGCUUACAUAUAUAAUACACAUACUCAUUUGUAUAGGGCCUUACUCCUUUAACUCAGUUUAAAUCUCAACCAAAAAUGGAAGUCACCUGGCUAUUUCAACUCUUAGUGACCUUGAUUACUGUUCUCUUCUUCAUCAAUUACUUACGCAAAGUAAGAAGAUCGCAAUCGCCGGCCGACAAAAUUCUACCGCCAAGUCCGCCGUUUUCUCUUCCAUUUCUCGGCCACCUCCAUCUGCUCCGAGAACCCCUUCUCCACAGAACCUUCUGGUCUCUCUCCCAAAGACUUGGUCCAGUCUUUUCCCUCCAACUCGGUUCCCGCUUCGUCCUCGUGGUCUCCUCGCCGUCGGCCGUCGAGGAAUGUUUCACUACAAACGACGUCGUCUUGGCCAACCGCCCCCAGUUCAUCAUGGGGAAGGACCUCGCCUACGACUACAGCUCAGUCAUCACCGCGCCAUACGGUGACCACUGGCGCAACCUCCGUCGCAUCUGUUCCAUCGAGAUCUUCUCUUCGACUCGCCUAAACGCAUCGUCAAACACCCGAAAUGACGAGACCCAGUUCUUGCUGCGCCGGCUGCGGCGAACCUCGUCUGGCAGCGGGCUCUUCUCUCGGGUGGAGCUCAGACCCAUGUUUACAGAGCUUACGUUCAACAUAGUGAUUAGGAUGCUGGCCGGAAAACGGUACUACGGCGAAAACUUGAGCUGCGUUGAAGAAGCGAAGGAGUUUAGGGAGCUGAUAGGGGAGAUCGUAGAGUACGGAGGGGCGACGAAUCCGGCAGAUUUCUUGCCGGUCCUCCGGUGGGUCGAUUAUCAAGGUAUAGCGAAAAGAUCGGAGCGGCUGGGUAGAAAAACAGAUGCUUUCUUGCAGGGUUUAAUCGACGAGCAUCGAAGGAAAAAAGGUUCGCCGGAGUUUGAGAAUACAAUGAUCAGCCAUUUGCUGUCUCUGCAAGAAUCGAGUCCGGACUACUACACAGAUCUGAUUAUCAAAGGCCUUGUCUUGAUAAUGUUAGUUGCUGGCACGGACACGACAGGAAUAACAAUAGAGUGGGCGAUGUCCAAUUUGCUUAACCAUCCAUAUGUGUUACAGAAAGCGAAAACUGAACUGGAUACUUACGUAGGCGCAGAUCACCUGAUCAACGAGUCGGAUCUUCUUAAUCUAACUUACUUAAACGCUAUAAUUUCGGAGACCUUACGACUAUACCCGGCAUCUCCACUCCUGGUCCCUCAUGAAUCGUCCGAUGAGUGUAAGAUUGGUGGGUACCACAUUCCACGUGGGACGAUGGUACUGGUCAAUGCAUGGGGGAUUCAUCGUGACCCAAAAGUUUGGGAUGAUCCGGCAUCGUUUAGGCCCGAAAGAUUUGAGGAUGGCCAAGGUGAUGCCCAUUAUAAGUUAUUGCCUUUUGGGGCGGGUAGGAGGGCGUGUCCAGGAAUGGCGUUGGGGAUUCGAACGGUUGGGUUGGUUUUGGGGUCAUUGAUUCAGUGCUUUGAGUGGAAGAGGGCUGGGGAGGAGGAAAUAGACAUGGGUGAAGGUAAAGGAAUUACCAUGCCUAAAGCCCAUCCACUUAUUGCCAUGUGCAAAGCACGUGAUGUGUUGGAUAAGUUCUUUUGAACCUUCUCAUAUUGCUAUAAACUAGUCCUGAGAUUAAUUAA